CUACCUACGACUUCAUAGGUUUCGAGCGCUCGUUUGGAGCAUUUUUUGUGAUCCCUAAAAUGAGUACAGUUGCUCAAUCAGCGCCAUAAGCUGUAACGCCCGAAAACCCUUCCGCCCCUGCUACCGCCAGCCUCGUCCGCUGACAUAAUCAUGAUGCCCAUAUCGGAUGAGCCGGUAAAGUACAACAUGUUCCAUCAACCUAGGGAUUGCCAGCUGCGAGGAGAAUCAAAUGUCCAAUGGUUCAGCUAGAUUGAACGUACCUGCUGCUACCUUGUCCCAGUCUCCGCUGGCAACUUCUCGUCUACCGGCACCAUGGAUGCCACGAGUAUGGAGCAGGUAGUGUCGUCACGAACACGCAGAUGCCGGAGCGGCAUAAACAUUCUGCCAUGGCCAAUUGUGCCAUGCGGCGACUUGUGCUAUAAGUCAGUGACUUGAGCUUGAGGGCCAUCGCUUUCGAACACGGCGAUUGUUAACCCCCAGGUACUGCCUACCCCAAAAGGAAGAAGCCCACAGGUGAUCACAACACCUCGUCUUCCCGCCACAUUGGCGGACGAGGAAGGCAAAUCAAUGGCGACCAGCAAUGGAGCCAACGGACACCCCAACGGCGAUGGCGAAGGAGGACCUCUAAACACCACCGAGCCGCUGCACCGAGGUGCUUUCCUAGCACUGCUUCAAGAUUUCAGCCCGAUAUGGUUCACAUGGUGCAUGAACGCCGGAAUAAUUGCGAUCCUGAUGCACCAGCUACCAUACCAAUUUGACGGGCUCGGGGUUUUGUCGACCAUAGUCUUCAUGUUCGACUUUGUGCUGUUCAUUAUCUUCUCGGCCGUGUAUAUCCUCCUUUUCGCCAUAUUCCGAGGCCAGGCGUACAGGGAGCUGGUCGACGACGUGUCGCAGCUGGCGCUGUUUGCAUGCUGGCCCAUUGCAUGGCUGACCCUCGUGGCAUUCGUGUCGUUGACCGUAAGCGAGGCUGUUUCUUGGGGCGGUCACGCCUUUACCUUGGUCGCCUAUGUCAUGUGGUGGAUCGGUACGGCCUGGAUGAUGGCCACGCUUUGCUUCGUUAUCAUCACGCUUGUGCGACGACACUCGAUUUCGGACCAGCAGCUGCCUCCUCUGGUCUUCAUCCCCUCCGUGGGCGUGGCAACACUAGCCACGAUCGGCGGUCUUGUCAGCAGUUUCUCGCACGACAUCUCUGCCCGACUUGCCGUUCCGGUUAUCAUCGCCUCGUUCUUCGCCGUCGGAGUGGGUUUGCUGCUGGCCACCUUCCUGUAUACAAUGCUACUCCACCAUCUGCUCACCAAGGGCUGGCCGCCGCCCCAGCAGACAGCCUCAAUGUUUCUGUUCGUGGGACCUAUGGGCCAAUCUGCGGCGGCCCUACAAUUGCUGGGAUCGGCCGCCCACACAUACGGUCGUUUCGAGGGAUACCACAAGGGGGCCUUUUUGACCGAGACCGCAGCCGCCCCACUCGAGGUCGCCUGUAUCAUGACGGCCCUCUUGCUCAGCGGUAUGGGAACCGUAUGGUUGAUGCUUGCAGUGUGGGCGAUGGCCGAGCGUGCUUUCCAAAAAGAGUUGUCGUGGACGCCGACCUGGAACGCAAUCAUUUUCCCCACGGGAACUCUGACGACUUCAAUGCUGAUGUUCAGCAUUGAAAUGGACUCUCCUUUCUUCCACGUCAUAACCACCCUUCUCCUAUUGCUCAUGAUCUUGAUGUUCUUUGUCAAUCUUGCCGCAACGCUGUGGGAGAUAUACCAGGGACGCUUGCUCGUUAUCAAAGAAAACCCUCGAGCUAAGAAGGAAAUAGAAGAGCGGCACAAGUCUCGUUAGAUACCUAGGUAGAGAGUAAUAUCAUCACCUGUGAAAUG